UCUCCUUCUUUCUCUCUCAACUUAUAAAGGACCUCUCGUUAAUGAUCAGUACAUCACCUAUCAGUCCCAUUCCUAUCUUCCCUCUCUUGGGACUCGAGAAAAUAAACAAAGAAAAAUCCUCCUUAACAUUUUUAAUUAAGAAUCUUUCCACAACAGAUAGACAAGGGAACGGAGAAACGAGCGGUAUUUAUGCUAACCAAGAAAAUGAAGGUUGAGAGAAAAGGCAAAGCGUACCCAUCCCAACCUUCAGCAUCAUCAUCAAGAUUUUCAUAUAAAGAUCCUGACUCGGUGUUAAAGCUUCUACCAGUAACUAUUCUAGCUCUAGCCCUCUCUCUUCCUAACCAGGACCGUGAAGUUCUAGCUUAUUUGAUAGCAAGGUCCAUCUUUGUCACCACCGCACCAAACCCAUCUUCACUUAUAACCCAGCAUCCAAAAAAGAAAUGUAAAACCAAGAGUACUGCCAGCAAGAAUGACAAAUAUUGUGACCAGAAAGUUCCUUCUUUUCAAUGUGGGUGUUUUGAUUGCUACACUAGGUUUUGGUAUAGAUGGGACUCAUCUCCAAAUAGGGAUUUCAUCCACCAAGUUAUCGAACCAUUUGAAGAGCAUUUGGUGCAAAAAAUUGAGUCCUCAAAGAAGCACAGCAGAGGCAAGAAGAAAGGUAAGGUCUUGAUGAUGGGCCAUUUUGAAUCUGAUAAUGUUUUGUUUAAUAUACCUGAAAUAGCAGUGCCUAAAACUGUAUGCGAAGUGAUGAUAAUGCAAGAAAAUCUUGAAAGUGGAGAGAUCGAGGGAAAUGGGGUUGUCUUCGAAGAGGAGAUGGUGGGUCAGGAGGUGACUAGGAACCUGGAAAUGGAGGUGGUGACAGGACAUCCUUCAGGCUACAAUGAUAACAACCACAAGGGUUUGGCUAUGAAGGUUUUACUGGACGUAAUGGGUUUACUGAACUCUCGUUUAUGGAGUAAUCUUUGGAGUCCUGGCAUGUAAGGAACAUAUGUUUUGCUCUUAGUUCAUUUUGGGAGAUAUUGUUACUUUUGCAUGUUGGAAACCUUUAAUUUCUAGCACUAUAAUAUUUUGGGGAAAAAUCUCUAGGGCAUUAUUCUUCAGAUGGCAUAUAGUGACGGAAGUGGGAAAAAAAGAAAGAAUAAAAAACAAUAUUAUGGCUUA